AUGCCACAGGAAACCAACAAUGGCUCCAUGUUCACCUCUCCUUGCAAGAAUCUGAGAGGGUCAAAGGGUUUGAUUUCCAGCAAUGAGGCUUCUUACACUGAGGAGAUUAUCAACGACCACGAAUUGGCUCAAAGAAAAGCUGAAGAAGCAGCUUCAAGGAGGUACCAAGCAGCAGAAUGGCUGAGGCAAAUGGACAAGGGAGCAUCAAGAACCCUGCCCAAAGAACCUUCAGAGGAAGAGUUUUGCCUAGCACUAAGAAAUGGCCUCAUUCUCUGCAAUGUCCUGAACACAGUCAAUCCUGGUGCUGUUCUGAAGGUGGUGGAAACUCCGAUUCUCACAGUGCAGUCAACAGAAGGAGCAGCACAGUCGGCAAUUCAGUACUUUGAGAACAUGAGGAAUUUUUUAAUGGCUGUUAAAGAUAUGAAGCUUUUGACUUUUGAAGCAUCUGACUUAGAGAAGGGAGGCUCGUCGAGUAAGGUUGUAGAUUGCAUUCUCUGUCUGAAAGGAUUUUAUGAGUGGAAGCAGGCUGGUGGAAUUGGUGUAUGGAGAUAUGGAGGGUUGGUCAGAAUUGUAUCCUUCCCGAAGGGAUCGCCAUCUUCUUUGGUUGGCAGUGAAAGUGCUGAUGAGUCUGUUGAUGAAUCUGAAUCGUCUCAAUAUGAACAACUAUUAGAGUUUCUUCAUCUUUCUGAUGAGGUCGCAAAUGAAGAAACAAAAACUGCCAAUGCUCUGGCCUUUCUUUUCGAUCAUUUUGGGCUCAGACUUCUACAAGCUUACCUUAAGGAGAGCAAUGGGAUUGAAGAGCUGCCUUUGAAUGGAAUGGUAAUAGAUACUUUGUUCAGCAAGGUAGUUAAGGAUUUCUCAGCAUUGCUUGUUUCUCAGGGCACACAGCUUGGACUAUUUCUCAAGAAAAUAUUGAAGGGUGAUAUCGGUUCCCUAUCAAAGACUGAAUUCAUAGAAGCCAUUUCACAAUAUCUUAGACAAAGAACUAGUUUGGCUUCAAGUGAUUUCUCCAAGUUUUGUGUCUGUGGUGGGAAAAAAGAAACCAUUCGGCAAAUCGUUAGCAACUCGUCUGGUCACGCGGAAGUAAUUGAUCUUCAUCAGAAACAGCUUGAGGAGCUGAGAUUUCAUUACAAAGAGAUGAGGCGACAAGUGAAACAAAUUCAAGAAGGUUGGGAUAAAGAAGUCGGUAGACUUGAGCACCAUAUCAAGGACCUUGAAGCAGCAUCUUCUUCUUAUCAUCAAGUUCUAGAGGAAAACCGCGAACUUUACAAUCAAGUACAAGACCUUAAAGGAACAAUCAGGGUCUACUGUAGAGUUAGGCCCUUCUUACCAGGGCAAUCACAUGGGCAAUCUAUUGUUGACUAUAUUGGGGAAAACGGAAAUAUCAUGAUUGUUAAUCCUCUUAAGAAUGGGAAAGAAGCAAGAAAGGUGUUUUCCUUCAACAAAGUAUUUGGAACAAAUGUCACUCAAGAACAAAUAUAUGUGGAUACUCAACCUUUGGUUCGGUCGGUUUUAGAUGGCUAUAAUGUCUGCAUCUUUGCAUAUGGACAGACCGGAUCAGGGAAGACAUAUACAAUGAGUGGCCCUGAUCUCACUAGCAAACAAACAUGGGGUGUGAACUAUCGAGCCCUGCGCGACUUAUUUCAGAUUUCGAAGACGAGGGGAGAUCUCGUUAAGUACGAAGUUGGAGUUCAGAUGAUAGAAAUAUAUAAUGAACAAGUGAGAGACCUGUUAGUCAGUGAUGGCUCCAACAGAAGAUAUCCUUGA